AUGCCUACUGUCAAAUACACUCCGCUCCCAGCAGACGGCGCCAGCAUCCGGCUGCUGCGGCUGCAACCAAACUCAGCUAAUGACGCCAAAGUUCAAUGCACAUUAUUCCAUGCCAGCCUGGCAGAUGCGCAGAAAGCACAGUAUGAAGCGCUCUCCUACACCUGGGGCGAUGCCACUCAAACAAUCGACAUUGAACUCAAUGGUACCAUCUUUCCCGCAACCGUCAAUCUCGACGCAGCCUUGCGAGCACUCCGCAAGCCUGAUGAGCCGCGAACACUAUGGGUGGACGCCGUGUGUAUCAAUCAAUCCGAUCUUCAAGAGCAGGGAAGUCAAGUCAAGAUGAUGUGGGAGAUCUACAGGAAUGCCGAACGUGUCCUGGUUUGGCUUGGACGUGAAGAGGGAGACAGUGCCAUAGCAAUGGCUGACAUGGCUGGGCAAACGACACAGAAGAGAAUCAGAACGUUGAUGACAACCAAGCGGGAGAGGCCUGCUCACUACAAAGGCGUUAAAUGGUGCGAUUGUAACGCUGGUAGGUGGGAAGUUGAUCCUCCUCGCGUCGGCGUUCAGAAUAUUCUUGGGAGGCAAUGGUUUACGCGGGUCUGGGUUCUGCAAGAAGUUGCGGCAGCAAAAGAAGUUCUUGUUGUUUGUGGGAGCCAUAUAAUCCCCGCCGAGGACUUCUACCAAGAGAUCACUGGAAUAUCAAGGCACUAUAUGAGCUUCCAGAAGACGAUCCGCAACAUUCGACCGGCCAUUGAGUUUCUGGACUCCAGGGUCACAACUAUCGAGAAACAAUCAAUUCCACUUCUCGAACUCAUCGAGACUUUCAGGUCCUGGAAUGCCACAAAGGCCGUCGAUAAGGUUUACGCUUUGCUCAAUUUCUCCUCUGACGCCUACAACGAACCGACACUGCAGCCAGAUUACACCAUUUCCGAACACUUACUCGCCAGCAGACUCGUGCAGUUUGCCUUUCCUGGAUGCACAAUGGAGCCACACGGGGACCCACAGUCCAAUGCAGUCACAUUUGAGGUUGAGGGCCUUGUGUUGGGCACAAUCAACGGAAAGUGGAGCGGCAAAGACAACAUGAGAUCCUGGACCUUCCAAACAAUGAACUAUUCCAAGCAGUCACAACCACCACCGGAUCUGACAUUCAACGCCCGAGUAUUGGAGCUCUUCGAACAUCAAUGGCAGAUUGACAUCCUCAGCGAGCGCCGGCUGGACCUUGACUACUACGUCUGUCUACUCCGUGGAGCGUCGAGGCCCACAGUCUUGCGCUACAAGGAUGGGCAAUUCACUGUCGCCAUGAUGGCUACUCCGCCGCCCACUCCAUGGUCAAACGAAGUGCGUGUUGAUCAAGGCUCCUAUAAGCAUGCUGUACGAGAUCCAGCUGUCCUCACGGAGAAGAGACCUCCGCUUCCUGUGCUCCGCAUGACAUGGUCCGAUGUCGUGGACGCUUUAUCGAAAGAAAGCGAAGGCACCAUGAAGUUCAAGUUGACGUGGGAUCCCUUCCGCCAAUUAACCUCUGAUGAGGUGAAACGAUACAUAUCGACUCCGAACGAUAAGCGGAUUCAAUUGGAAGCUCGACAUGAGUCGUUCAGGGACAUGGCCGUACUGAAAAGAGAAGCGGGAGAACUGGAAGAGAUCGUCACCUGCAAGACUCUCUCGAUGCUGAACAUCAUGUUCCAGCAGGACGAAGAGAAGAUCAAGAACGGAACAUCCAAGUGGACAAUUACACUUCACGAUGCUGCAAAGGCGGGAUUGCUCGGCACUUUGAGAAUUUUGCUUGAUGCUGGCGCAGAAGUCGACAAAGUGGACGACGAUGGCUUGACGGCGCUCCAUUUGGCGGCCAGAAAUGGCCACACUAGGAUUGUGGAAGCUCUUUUGAAAGGCAAAGCCACACCCAACGCCUUCCACGAUGUGGUGUGGACUCCGUUACAUCUCGCAGUCAGAAACAAUCACGACAAUAUCUGUGAAUUGCUACUUGACUACGGUGCGAGCCCGAAUGCAGAAGGAGACAAUAUGCCACCACCACUAUUCAACGCCGUAGUCUUCGGCCAGUCUUCCAUCGUUAACGCUCUCCUCAAAGCCGGCGCUAAUGCGAACAUUGUACAACGGGUCGCUCACCUCCAAGAUGUGACGGCACUCCACCUAGCUGCAGAGUUGGGCCACACAGACAUUGUCAAACUCCUGCUUGUUGCGGGCGCAAGGACCGACGUUGUUACUUCAUCAGACCUGCUCCCUCUUCAUCAAGCUGCAAUGAAUGGGCAUACGGACGCGGUGUUAUUGCUUUUGGAUGCUGGGUCGGAUAUUGAUGCGCUGAAUAGUCAGGGUGUGACACCUUUGGAUUUUGCCGUCUAUCGGGGCCAUGAGCGGACCGCCGAGGAGAUACGACUUCGCGGAGGAGUACAUAAAUUUCUUUGA